UUGACACUGGCACAUGCAUGUCUCUCAAGACGAUUUCAUCAGGGGUAGCCCUGAACGCGAUGCUUUGAGAAGCAUCGUAUCUAACCAUGUGGCCUCUUUCAACUAUUUUGUUGAGCACGGGCUCGCAGAAGUGAUAAAAAGGAUGGCCUCUGUCAGCGUUCAGGCCCCUGGCACGAGUGCCCAGUCUUCACGUAUCAGGUUAUGGUUUUCCGGCGUGUCGAUGAAGACUCCGGUGAGAGAGCGUGAUGGAUUAUCUCUCGCGCGCGACCCUCGAGUCUUUCCGCGCGAGUGUCGCGAAGCAGGAAGCACCUACAAAGCCCCGAUGACCGCAAAUAUUUGCUGGUCCGUGGGUGAGGCUGGCGAGGUGUACCACCACGAGCUACAGCUCUGUCAGUUUCCAGUUAUGGUCAGCUCGACCCGUUGUCAUCUAGCAAGUGCAUCUCGUGCUGAGCUCAUUAAUCGAGGUGAAGAGGGGCGUGAAAUCGGUGGCUACUUCAUACUAAAUGGCAACGAACGCAUGAUCAGGCUUCUCAUACAACAGCGCAGACACUAUAUAAUUCGUAUACAUGACUCUGUGUGUUGGAUUUCUUUGAUAAAUGAAAUAACAUUUUAUUUUUAUUUUUUUUUUGAAUGUCCUUGCUCGUUGGGCUUGAAGCGCGCUGCUUUCACAUCUCGUGGUUACCUGUAUACUCCAUUUGCAACAGCAAUCCGCUGUGUUUCACCUGAUGAACACUCCUGCACUGUUCGUCUUCAUUAUCUUACGGGCGGAUCUGCAAGGCUUGCAUUUAUUCACCGACGACAAGAGUAUUUUCUUCCCCUUGGACUAGUAUUUAUAGCUCUUUGUGAAGUUUCAGACAAGGAAUUGCAAGAUGUGGUUUGUAGUGGGGUUCCCGGUCCAGGGGCACAUGUGUUUGCAAGUGAGAGAGUAGCCAUGGUUUUAGAGGAAAUCCAUACACUGGGAAUUCAAACCAGAAGUCAGGCGCUAUCAUAUCUUGGCAUCUGUUUUCGCGAAAGGCUCAAUGCUGACUCAUGGGAGACUAAUAUUGACAUUGGUAAAAGAAUCAUUCGAGAUCAUGUCUUCAUUCACCUAGCAACUUGCUCAGAUAAAUUUAACCUUCUCGUUCUCAUGCUUCAGAAGCUCUACGCUCUCGUGACAGGACAGUGCUCACAAGACAAUCCAGAUUCUCUCAUGCACCAUGAAGUUUUACUGCCAGGAAUUCUUCUACAGAUGUUUAUGCGAGAGCAACUUUCAGAAGCACUGAUAAAGGUGAAGGACACAAUUUUGCGGGAGUUUGAAGGGCAGCCACAAACAAUGGAUUUGAAUGACAGGGAGCGGAUCCUAAGUCUUGUAGUAGGUUCGAUAGGAAGAAUUGAUUUGGGUAGGAUGGCUGAAUACUUCCUUGCGACUGGAAAUCUGGUCAGUAAGACAGGUUUAGGGUUAAGCCAGACAUCUGGAUUUACUAUAGUUGCUGACAAGUUAAAUUACGUGCGGUAUCUUUCUCAUUUCCGCUCAAUUCAUCGCGGUGCUUAUUAUGCAGAGCUACGUACGACUACGGUGCGCAAACUUUUGCCAGAUUCAUGGGGUUUUUUAUGCCCUGUACACACCCCUGACGGCAGCCCGUGCGGAUUGCUAAACCAUUUGACAGCUUCUUGUUUUGUCCACAUAAGUGACGGUCAGAAUCGUGGACUAGAGAUGGCUGCAAUAUUCAGGAUUCUGUCAUCAGUUGGCGUGUUGAUUACCACAGGGCGACUUCGUAGCACCAGCGCUCCUCACGUGUUAAUUCCUGUCACUCUCGACGGCGUGAUGGUUGGGUUCAUGCGUGCAGCAGACAGUGCGAAGGUUGUUGCCACACUUCGCUCUGCGAAAGUCUCCGAACCUCCAAAGGUUCCACCCUCACUUGAGGUCGUGUAUAUACCGACUCUAGUUAACAGAAGCGGAGGGGCUUUUCCUGGCCUGUACCUUUUCACGUCAUCUUCACGAUUGAUGCGUCCAGUGAGACAACUAGCCAGUGGUUUCAUCGAAAAUAUUAGCUCCCUGGAGCAGGCUUUCAUGUCAAUAAAGUGUCCUGAUGGAAGCUCGGGUGGAAGUGAAGAGCUUGUCUUCACACACGAAGAAUCCAAUGCAAAGGCCAUGUUAUCAGUCAUUGCUAGCUGCACGCCCUGGUCUGACUACAAUCAGUCACCACGCAACAUGUAUCAGUGUCAAAUGGCGAAACAAACUAUGGGGCUCCCAUUGCAUGCUUUUUGUUAUCGCCCAGAUACAAAGCUUUACCGGCUUCAAAGUCCACAAAGACCAAUAGCAGUGACAGAAUCUUAUGAUGAAUAUUCAAUCGACGAAUAUCCUCUUGGGACAAACGCGGUCAUCGCCGUACUUGCGUACACUGGAUACGAUAUGGAAGAUGCUAUGAUCGUGAGCAAAGGGUCAAUGGAACGUGGCUUCUCGCAUGCAACGCUAUACAAAACAGAGACGUUGUCUUUGGUAACUGGGUCAGGUAAAGUAUUCGGUCAUUUUGAUUUGAGAAGCCAUUCGCUAGAAGGCACGUUGAAUAUCGACGGAAGUCCUUCAGUUGGCUCCAUAAUUGAACCUGGCAGUGCUCUUGCCAGUGUGGUAGAUCGUAUAACUGGCCAAACGCAUGUGCACAAGGCAAAAGGCACUGACCAGGCUAUCGUUGACAGGGUCUCGGUUAUACAGACAUCACUGUCUCGUGGUAUAAGAAGUACAAAGAUGGCACUGAGCCUUCGCUAUAAUCGCAACCCCAUCAUUGGGGACAAAUUUAGCUCAAGACAUGGCCAAAAAGGUGUCUUGUCUUUUCUCUGGCCAGAAGAAUCUCUUCCAUAUGUCGAAAGAACCGGCAUCCGACCUGAUAUCAUCAUUAACCCUCACGCAUUUCCUUCUCGAAUGACAAUUGGUAUGCUAGUUGAGAGCAUGGCAUCCAAAUCUGGUGCCCUUGAUGGUGCUUGCAUUAACGCAAGCCCAUUUAAAGCAGCCCAAAAAGAGAAAACGUAUUCUCCUCCAGCUGCUGAGUAUGGUGAGACACUCCGAAAACACGGAUAUGACUACUGUGGAAGCGAGACCAUGGUAAAUGGGCUCACGGGAGAAGCUUUCGGAGUAGAUAUCUACAUUGGUUUGGUUUAUUACCAAAGGCUACGCCACAUGGUUAGCGACAAGUUCCAGGUUCGCUCUGUUGGACCAAAUAAUUCUUUGACACAACAGCCCACUAAAGGAAGAAAAUCUGGUGGGGGUAUCCGCUUCGGUGAAAUGGAACGCGACGCACUUCUCGCGCACGGAGCUGCUUACCUGAUACACGACCGUUUGCAUGCAUGUUCUGAUCGAUUCGUUACUCAUGUCUGUUCCAACUGUGGAAGCAUACUUGCCCCCUCACUGAAGCUCAGUGUGGCAGGUAUGGGUUCAGGUAGUGCGUUGGGUUGUUCAGCAGGGAAAACUCUUCACACCUCCUGUGAUGGGGAGUCUGAAGGGAUCACUUGCAGAGUGUGCAAUAGACGAACUAAAAUUGAUAAGGUGGAGCUCCCCUUCGUAUUCAAAUAUUUAGCUUCAGAGCUGGCGGCGAUGAACAUUAGGAUAGGCAUUGGUAUUCAAUGCGGGGCUUGAAAAUGAGGGCAAGCUAAACCAACUUUCUCAACAGCAUUUCACAUUUUCGGGUUUUUCGAUAUUGACAACUGCGUAAUACGCAUAGAUUGUUGCGAAUCGGCAGAUGCGAUUAUUACUUAUAGUCGCAGAAACAUCUUGUAUGUAGAAAUUAAAAUACUUCACAGAAAA